CUGUUUAGAAAUAUAAAUGUUUUUAUUGAAUAUACAUAUAGCUAUAACAUAAAAAAAGACGUUGUGGCAGUGUGACAUCUUUCUACUCAGUACCUUCAUGCACGGUCAUCAUGUCACAUGCACUGAAUGUUUUAAUUAGUUACAUUUGUUGUUACCGACGAGUCAUGAGGACGUGGAGUCGCAAGGAAGCUAUAUAAUAUCUUGGUCAAUGACAAUGGGCCAAAUGUUUAACUUUGAACGUAUUCUUUGUUCUUUAUAUGGCAUGCAUGUUGAGAAGCUUCCUGUCAGUUCAAUCGUACAAAACAAUUAUGUCGUUAAAAAAGUUGUGUGUUUAGGGAAAUACUCAGUUGACUAUAAAGAAACUUGAUCUCAGCUUAUCUGUCAUCAUUCACUGCUAUAAACCAUCGUGUGGUUGGGCAUGUUCAAACGUGCAUGACUCUCAACUCAACAAGGUAGUCUCAAGUAAACGUGGAUUUACCAGCUUGUGUAAAUAAAUUCAAAUGCCACCUGUUAUAAUGCAGCAUCGUAUAGUUUACUUUCAUAUGAGAUGAAGUGAUGGCUGUGUCAAGCCCAGUUUCAUACUUAAACAGUCUGUGUGUAACCGCAGUUUGACGAUAUCAUGCGUACUACUCUACACGGUAGCCAAAUGAACGAGUUCCUGAGGUCGCAAGAUAAUAUGAAGUGUUGAGAAGCUGACAUCAACAUGAUUCUGGUGGAGCUGUUUCUCUUGAUGCUGUUUACAAAAGAUUUUGCUCUUGUACAUUCAGCUGAAUCAGCUGCUCCUCUGCAGUUCACAGAAGAACCCUCAGAUAUUCAAUUUUCAAGCAAGACCUCAGCGCACCUUCACUGUAGUGCUGUAGCUACUUCAAGUUAUGCUAGUGACAAUCAGAUCUUAAUAUCAUGGCGUUUUGGAAAUGGUUCAUUGGUUGGAAACAUACCAGACAUCCUGCAAACUCUUCCUAACGGAACAUUGUUGUUUAAACCGUUUAAGAUUCUAGUUCCCGGUGUUCAUCGUGCAAAAUUUCAAUGUUUGGCUAACCUAACACUAAAUAACCAGGCGAUAUUGAGUAGACCAGCAUUGGUUCAUGGAGUUAUCGUAAAAUCGUUUCGAGUUUCGGUGGCAGAUCAGUAUGUAUACGGAGCUGGGGAGACAGCAACAUUCACCUGUCUUUACCCACCUGAUGUUUCCUCGUAUGUUCAAAUCAGAAGCUGGUUUGCAGAUAGGGAAAAGACCAAACCAUCUCAAAAUCUUGUUAUUCAUGAUGUACAAAGAGAACACUCUACUAAAUUGUAUUAUUGUAUAGUUGUAAAUAUUCUUACCAAGGAAAUCGUGGCCAGUAAUGUCGCAAGGCUCUUCAUAAAAGACGCAUCAGACGCUCAAAACGUUCCUUUUAAGUUUAAUAUUAUCCCAGAUGCAGACAUGACAGCUGUACAAAAUCAAAUGGUAUUAUUCCAAUGUUUGGCAUCUCGAACAAGAAACGUUGAAUAUGUAUGGAAACAUAACAAUAAGAAAAUAAAUUUUGAUAGUCGUUAUUCUAUGGUCAAUAGUCGCUCUCUGAGGAUUAUAAAAACGAUUGUGAAAGACAGCGGUAAAUAUACAUGCAUUGCCCGAGACAAAUCCACGAAUGAAGAAAUUUCAGUCAAUUCCACUCUUCUUGUUCGAGUUCCUCUUGUGUUUCUUACUGGACCGUCAAAAAUCUGUAAAACCUACCUUGUGAAUGCGACAUUUCCAUGCGAAGUUGCUGGCUACCCUCCACCAAAGAUUACUUGGUAUAAGAAUGCGAAGGAAAUCACUAAGAAAAACAACUACAAUGCUGUGAGAAAAGGAGACGAUUUAAUUAUUACAUCAGUUUGGGGAAAAAACGAAGGAAUUUAUCAAUGUAUUGCUAGUAAUGGCCUCGAAACCAUCCAUCGAGCUGCCUCGCUAAUUGUCGGAGCUGAAGCGCCAAGAAUAACAGAAUCAUUUAAGGCAGAAAACGUCACUCUUUACGCAAAACUUGACAUUUCCUGCAAAGCAACAGGCGGCAAAGAACAAGCGAAAUUAUUCUGGUAUCGAGAUGGUAUCCUGAUUAAGAAGUCAUCAGAUCGUCGCAUACAUUUAAAACAUUAUAAUGACUUGUGGACAUUGCAGAUAAAAAAUGUAACUGCGGCUGAUAGUGGCAUGUACAAAUGUAAAGCUAUGAACAGAGCUGGCUCAAACUUUAGCGAGGCAAGAAUUCUAGUUAAAGGCCCAGCGAAAGUGAUCUAUGUCCCAAAAAAUGUCAUUGGACUGUCUGGAAAGGACGUGAGCAUCACGUGCAGAGCAAAUGGUUUCCCACGGGCUGAAAUAGUGUGGUUUGAUAACAAUGGUGGUGUUGCACCUCAAGGUUUUCGACAGGAGGUCGUAUCAAUAAAAGACGGUGAAAGUACUUUGACGAUCAAAGGAUUGCAGCAGGGACAUGAUAAUGGACAAUAUACAUGUAAAGCCAGCAGUAAACUAGGAUCUCCUGAUUAUGCCAGUGUUAAUCUAUCUGUUUAUGGCGCCCCACAGGAGUCGUACAGGCUUCACAUUAUGGAUGAAGGCCUUUCGAAACUGAAUUUUUUAUGCAGUGACCGUUGUAUCAAAUGGACAAAAAAUGGUAAAAUAGUAAAGGAAUCGGCCAGAACUACCGUUAAAAGAAUUGGUGAUAUAUGUUUAUUGCGGCUUAAUGGUAUAUCGAUGAGUGAGGCGGGAAAUUACACCUGUCAUAAACAAACGGAAUAUGGUAUUCACAAAGAAACUCAAGAGAUACUCGUAAUAACUCGGCCGCGUUUCAUCAAUCCUCACAGUCCUAACACAACUGACGUCUUAGAACAUAAAAACGCCCAACUGGCAUGUUAUGGAGCAGGAUUUCCAACACCAAGGACAAUAUGGCGACGUUUAGAAAGAGGAAGCUAUGAGAAAGUAAAGGAUUCGUCUCGUUUUGUCUUGACAAAUAAUGGCUCUUUGACUAUCUUGAACGCAAGUGCUGAAGAUGAAACAUAUUACUCGUGUGAGAUCAAAAAUGCUCAUACCUUUAGUCCUCAUUUAACAAUUAAACUGAAUGUUAACGUUCCAGCAAGAAUUGUUAACUGGAUAAGCACAGUUUUGGUUGAUGCAGGAAAUAUCACCAGACUUACUUGCGAAGUUACCGGAGACAAGAUGCUCAAUUUUACCUGGAUAAAAGACAGACGGAAAAUUUUAAGAAGUUCGAAUAUUAUCAUUGAACAAUAUCAAAAAGAAUCUAAAUCUAGUUUAACCAUUUUGUCGACGGCUGCUACAUAUCGCGGGAAAUAUAUGUGUAAAGUUGCCAAUUCCUUUGGAAAAGACGAAAAAACGUUGACAUUGGAAAUUCGAGAGCGGCCAUAUCCUCCAAGAUUAUACAGAAAUUCCAUUAUUAAGACAAAAACAUCAAUUACGAUCUCCUGGAAUGCAUCAUUUGACGGCAAUAGUGAAAUAUUGUCUUAUGAAAUUGAGUAUAGGGUAUCGACCUAUCAAUCAAGACGAGCGAUUGUAGCAAUUACCGCAGAGAAAAAUUCAUAUACCAUCACUGGUCUUGAACCAUACACAAGUUAUAAAAUCUCUGUGCGAGCUAGAAAUGCCCUGGGACUGAGUGGUUCAUCUGACAUUGCAGACGUUGAUACGGAGGAAGACGUUCCAUCCGCUGCACCAAAUCUGACACUCGUGCCAAGUGAUAAUAGUAUUCGAAUUAAAUGGAAGACUCUUAGUGUAAAGGUUGCAAAUGGUGUUAUAAAAGGUUAUAUAGUUUGGUAUAAGAUAAAUUCAAGUCAUUCAGCUUUCGCAAAGAAGAUGGUAAAACUGAUCGAUGGCAGAAAAACCACAAUACAUUCUCUAAAGCCAUACACGUAUUACAUAGUAAAGAUGCAGGCGUUUACCAGCGCAGGGCGUGGUCCUAACUCGAGCAUUGUAACCACGCGUACUUUGGAAGGAGUUCCAAGUAAACCACCAACAAAUAUUACAGUGAUUUCGAAAACGUCGACCAGCAUUUUUCUAUCAUGGCUAGCGCCAUCAAAAGAGAGUAUUCAUGGCAUUCUGGUUGGUUACCAUGUAUGUUAUGAUGACAGACGUAAUGCUAUGAAAUGUCGCGCUAGUGGUAACGAAACAAAUUUCAUGUUGACGAACCUUCGUAAAUAUACUUACUACACUAUCACGGUUGCUGCAUAUACUGUCAAAGGCCCUGGUAUAUCAAGUAAACCCGUCAAUAUUCUUACGGAUGAAGACGUUCCCGGUCCUCCUAAAGAUCUAAACGCUGUGACCACAUCAGUACACAGUAUCAAGUUAACAUGGUCUAAACCAGAUGAACCAAAUGGAAGAAUUAUUCAUUAUAAGGUUUAUUAUGUCACAAAUGACGACGGUCAUCACAAACAAAGUAACUACAAUAUUAUUCAUGUUGAUGGAACGCGCACAUCUCACGAGUUUGAGAAAUUGAAAGAAAACCGAACAUACUAUUUCCGAGUCUGUGCUAAGACUAGCAAAGGGGAAGGGAAUUGUACAGAGGACGUCAUGGCAACCACUAGCAGAGGUCCUCCAUCAUUUACUGACAGUCACAGUGGAGACGUCACAGCAAAAUGGAAAACUAAAGUUCGUCUUAGAUGUAGUUAUUCUGGAUUCCCUGAACCAAAGAUAAAGUGGUUAGAUUCAAAAGAGAAGCCUAUAGAUGUUACAAAUAGUGAUAAAUAUCAUGUGACUAUGGAAGGACAUUUAGUUAUUCAUGACUUAAACAGAAAAGACUCGAAACGUUAUGUGUGCAUGGUGGCUAACAAAUGGGGUAGCAUAAAGAAAGGAAUUACCCUGAAGGUUCAAGCCCCGCCAGAUCCGCCCCAAAAUAUCGAAUUUUUUGGGAUCAAUUCAACCGCAGUCAAAAUUUUAUGGAGUAACGGUUUCAACGGAAAUUCCAUUAUUACUGGAUUUCUUUUGAAAUAUCAGAGACGUAUUGACCUUAAAUGGAAAGCAGAACGUCUAGGUUAUUCGAACGAGUUUAUUAUGAAUAAUGUUGAUUCUGGAAAAAGCUAUGAAUUCAAGAUUAGAGCUAGGAAUGACAUAGGACCUGGGAAUUUCACCAAACCAAAGGUUAUGAUAUUUGUCGAAGGAGCGAUUCUGAAACCAGUGGAAGGGGAAGACGUAGAGAGUGAAGUUGAAACGAAGUCAUCAAAGAAGACAAUAUUUAAAGAUUCUGCAGUUUUGGGAACUUUGAUUGGAGUUAGCCUUUUCAUCAUUAUUGUUAUUGUUACUCUUGUUUUGCUCACGAAAUUAGGAUAUAAUCCUGGUUCUAAACUAGCUCAAAGGUCUGUUGAGGCCUGGAGGUGGUUUGUUGCAAAGGGAAUCUCUGCAAAAGAUCGGAGCAGACGAAAUGUAAAACGUCGUUCAGGAGGUUCAUCAACUGAUGGUCAUCUUGGCGGAUCUUCGUCAUCAUUAAGUCAAGAACCGGCGUCAAACAAUGGUUCAACAUUCAGCUUACCACAAAGCUCUGGUAGAGUAACUGAAUCAGGUUACGCUACCAGUGGCUACCCCCCACCACCCUUUAGUAACUAUACACCAGGUCCUAAUGGCGGAGCUAGGGCAAGUGGGUCUUCAGAUGAAGGAAUUGGGCCAGAGACACGUAGUGAAAUACAUACUCGUCCCGGGACAGGUGACAAGGAAUAUCAUCAACCGUAUUUACCACCACGAUCAUCUAAUGGUACACCUGCACCACCCACUCUAAUGAUGAGUUCUAGGGAAUACAUAGAUCCAGAGGAAAUUGAACACAGAACAAUCUCAAUGAAAGGACAAAUAGAUGAAGAGCACAAAAUUGACGACAUUAAGUCAAAUGAAAGUGAAGAUAUUUCACCAGAGACAUCUCCAAAGGGGAAAGAGAGAAUAUAUUUUCAAUCAAUGGGACAUUGCUUUCCUUUAAAUAUGUCUCCAGGACGACCAAAAUAUGAUGAUGGACAUUUCAUAAUUGCUCCAGAUGUUGAUCGCAUUCUGGCGUACAGACCCCCCAGAUGUUAUGAUUCAACGUCUUCAGAAUAUAGCUCAUCACGUGACGAAUUAGCUCAGGCGUAUGAGUUUGGUAAGUUACAUCAUCUUGAUGAUUUUUAUGGUAGACCCACGCUGGAAUCAGCCUCGAGUUCAGGCGAGACAGCCAGUAGUGAAAAAGAUGGAAUAUGCCAUUUUACAUCAGAGUUGUCAGUGGGACGGCCUUUUUUUAUUCCGGUCGCCAUAUUACCCCCGCCACCAAACCAGCGACUGAGAACCAGAGAUCGUAAAAGAAAUCCUCAUGGUCAACAACUAAAUACAUAUUAUGAGAAAGAUGAAACUCUUGUGUAACCUAUAAUGUCAUUUGUCUCGUAGACUUGGCUGACGAUGCAAAGAGUGUACAUGUAUGUACCUAUAUAUAAAUAUUAUAUUAGUAUUACGAUUCUUAUGAUUAAUUGAUAAAUUCUAUUAUCUUUACAAGCAGAGUGGAAAAUUAUAGCGCUGACCAAAAUAUGACAUCGUUACUGUAACCAUAAACAGUGAACCUUGAAAAGCUGACCUCGGUUACAUCCACGAGUUACAAAUUUUGUUUUUUCUUCAAAUUUCUGCUUAAAUUUCUACAGCACGUCCAUAUAUUUUAUUUAAAGCUGAGUCUGAGAGGCGACACCUGGCUGAGGCUCGUAUUUUUGUCGAUUUCAAGCUAUUUGGCAGAAAUAUUUAUACUACAUAUCUAAUUUAACAAAAUAUGAUUUAUUAACGCUGUAAUAAUUUAUAUUUAAAAUAAAGU